UCUGAACAGACAGAAUCCGGUAUACAGGUACGAAUUCUGGUUCAAUUCUUGAUAGGCUUGCGACCAAUGAUAGAGACAGAUUCCGAAAAUCCCUUCGAUAGCAGUGUGCUCGUCAACGACUCAUUUCGAUAUACCCGAAGCGAAAGCGACCAACAUUUCUUCCCAUCUCUAUUGGCUCGAUUGGUCACAAGUGUGGAAUGGAGGCGCAGGCUCUUCAGCGCAUUCGAUGUGAGUGUGAUAACUCUAGUAAUCCGAGUGUCGAAAUUUGUAGUAAGCCAAUCUUCCCACUUAAAUGUCACCACCAAGGUAAUUAUGAUGAAUUCUUUUGAUCGUCUAUGA